ACUCAUGCAUUCCAACAUAUAUAUUUACUUCACCACAAAUUAGCGGAGCCGCCUCAUCCAUCCGUCUCUGCUUCUCUCGUCUCUGGCAAUCUCUUACGCCGAUUCCACUCCCUGUCUGCAAUCACUCUCGCGACGGAGGCUUUGCAUCUCUCCCGGUGCCUUUGCAUCUCUCCCGGCGAGGACAUCGAUCGAUCACAUCCAUGUAAUGGAGUUGAUGUGUGUUGAUAAGCUAACGCCAUUACAAAUUUCUGACAUGAGCACUUCCGAUCCAAACAUUGGUUUUUGUGAGUCGUUAUCAACGCCAAAAAAAGUAAGAACUGCAGUGCAUGAUGACAACAUUCCUAAGGUUGAAAUGACUUUUGCAAGUGUUAAGGAAUUUGAGGAAUUCUACAAAAGUUAUAGUUUGUGAAAUGGUUUUUAUACAAGAAGGCAGAGCAGUGUAUGAGAUGAACAUCGUAGAUGGGUGUGCCGAGCUGUGGGAUUUAAAGAUGUCCGGAAAAAAGUUCCGGAUGACAGUCAAAAGAAAAAAAGGAAAACAUCGUCCAUAAGAGUAGGGUGCAAACACACAAUUAGUUUGAAGUUUGAUCCUAAACUUCAAAUGUGGAUUAUCUUGUCAUUUGAGGCCAAACAUAAUCACGCGGUGGUGACUCCGAACAAGGCUCAUUUCGUACCGACAGGACAAGCAGUCGAGGAGAGUGGGCAACAUGUGAUAGAGUUAUUUAAAGAUCAUGGCAUACCAAUUGGAAAAGUAGCGACAUUGUUUGGGAAGGGGCGUUUUAGCAAGCCGAAUUGUUACAAUCACAUGCGAGAUGUACGGUCUAAGAUUUUGGAAGUUGGUGAUGCCCAAGGAGUUUUAGAGUAUUGUGAAAGCCAAGUGGAGUUGGAUCCUAGAUUCUUUUAUCGAAUGCAAAUCGAUGAUGAAGGGAAGAUGUCUAAUUUUUUUUGUGUGGAUGCCCGUUCUAGGAUGGCUUAUAAAAUCUUUGGAGAUGUCAUAGUCUUUGAUACAACCUAUCGGACCAACAUGUAUGAGAUGCCUCUAGCACCCUUCACUGGUGUUGAUAAUCAUAAGAAAAAUAUUUUAUUUGGUUGUGCUUUGGUUAUGGAUGAGCAGCAAGACACUUUUGAGUGGUUAUUUCGUACAUGGCUUGAGGCUAUGGAAGGGAAAGAGCCAAUUUCCAUUAUUACGGAUCAAGAUAAGGCCAUUUCAAAUGCAAUCCAUGUUGUCUUUCCAUCCGUUCGACAUAGAUUUUGUAUUUGGCAUAUUCUUAAGAAGUUCCAGGAGAAACUUCCUCCUGCUUACAAUAAAAGUAAAGAAUUUAAAAAUGAAAUGCAAGCAAUCAUUCGAAGAUCAUUGUCAGAAUCUCACUUCAUUGAGCAAUGGUCUGAAAUAAUUAAAAAAUAUGACCUGUUAGAGAAUUCUUGGCUCAAAAAGCUAUUUGACAUGAAAAAGGAAUGGGUUCCAGUGUUCACAAUGGAUACUUUUUUCGCAGGCAUGCAAGCAAGUCAACGAGCAGAGAGCAUGAACUCCUUAUUCAGUGCUAAAGUGAAUGCGGGAACAUCACUACAAGAAUUUAUUCGCUAAUAUGAAAUUGUUAUGGAAGAUCGUUAGGAGGCGAUGCGACGUGAAGAUUUCGAAAGCUGACACAAGACAAGGAAUUGUGAUCGCAACUCAUACCUCGAAGAUCAUGCAGCUGAGACCCAAAAGAAUUUUACACCGUGAACAUAAGUGUAAUUUCUGUUGAGGAUGGAAAAGUUCAUAAUGUGGGAUGCUCGUGCGGCCUCUUUGAGUGGAAUGGUUUGUUGUGUCACCACAUUAUAAAGUUAUUUAAUUGCUUCACUGUGGUCCGCAUUCCUGAUAAGUACAUUUUGAAACGAUGGUGUAAAGAUGCUAGUCGGCCUUUAGAUGUGUUUUCAAAUCUACGUGCAAAACAGAAAGGCGAAGUAGUAAAGAGGGUGUUACAUAUUUAGCCUAAGAAAUUGCAAGCGUGGCAAGCAAGGAUGAUGGCACAUAUCAAUUCACCAAGUCUUUAUACCAAGAAAAUCUGAGCAGAAUUUUAAGUUUUAUACAUGCAAGUGAACAAGAGCAGCGUACUGGUGAUAUUGCGAUUGUUUCGGGUGUAGGUUCUAGUCCUACAUUACUUGAAAGUCAGACUACACAACCAAGCGUUCAUGUUAUUCUUAACCCUAACAUUUCCAAGACCAAGGGGAGAAAGAAUUAGAACAAAAGGUGGAAAUCAAGCCUAGAAGUAGCAACAAGUGGCCAAUGUCGGUGCGGUAUUUGUCGAGCAAUUGGACACAACGCAACCACUUGCAAGAAAAGAAAUGAUGAGGCUACUGUUCCAGAUCCAACCAGAGAACAAGAAUGAGUGGAUUUAGAGGGCACAAUUUUCAUGAUUUCUUGUUAUGUAUUUCAUGCAAUUCUUGUUAUGUAUUUCAUGUCUUGAGAAUUCCUUUCAUUUGUGAAAAUAAUUUGAAUUGGCUAGCUUCCUACACAACUAAGCUCUCUCUUCUCCGUCUCUAUUGAUCUACAUACAUAUGUUAUAAGAAGCAGAAGCAAUCAAAUAUUCAGCAAACCGGCAGAAGUCUUUUUUUUUUAUCAGUUUUGAAUUGAAUCACAUAGUGCUGGAAGUUUGCAAGGGAGACGAUGAGACGCCAUGGAUGGCAGCGUCCUCUCCAUCCUCUACAGAUCGUGGGCAUGUCUGUCUUCUUUUUCCUCGUCGCAGCAUUUUAUUGCUUUCUGGGGCUUUUCCUUGGCAACAGGAUUGCUGAAAUUGCCAUCACCAGUAUUUUCUCCUUUGUGGCCUUUUCUGUUGCAUUCCUAUUCGUAAGCUGUGCCGCUCUUGAUCCUACUGAUAGGACCGUAUAUAGAAAGAAAACUAAGGGAAAAUCCACUGCAUUUCGAAAGUUAAAUUAUGGCUUCCUAUUGGCUCAAGUUGUCCUAAGGGUUUUCAGGAAGGUAGAGCGGAAAAUUCUUGGAACUUUUAUAAGGAGAAAGUACCCAAGUCUUUGGAAAAGUAGCCUUCUAAGGGAGCCUUUGUUCUCGUUCCCCCUUGUUAUCGAUGAUUCAGUUGCACCCGAGAUCAGGGAGGAUGAAAUUUCUUUUUGCCUACUCUGUGAUUUUGAGGUGAAAAAGUACAGCAAGCACUGUAGAACUUGCAAUCGUUGUGUUGAGGGUUUUGACCAUCACUGCAGGUGGUUGAACAACUGUGUAGGGAGAAAGAACUACACAACCUUCAUUCUGCUGAUGGUUUUUGUCUUGACAAUGCUUAUGAUUGAAGGAGGAAGUGCUGUUGCUAUAUUUGUCAGGUGCUUUGUUAAUAGGAAAGGGAUAGAAGAAGAGUUCAAGAGCAGAUUCCAUUUAAAGUUUCCCAGAGGAGUUCUUGCAACUGCAUCGGUUCUAUUGUUCUUGAUGAGCACAUAUGGUGCAGCAGCACUGGGACAACUUUUUUUCUUCCAUAUGGUUCUCAUCCGAAAGGGGAUGAGAACCUAUGAUUAUAUUUUGGCAAUGAAAGAGGAGAACCAAUCUAUGGAGCUGGAAUCACUUGAAGAUUCAGAGUCUUCUUCAGAUGAGAGUAUUGACUUUGGUUCGCCUGAGAAGAAGCAGCCAUUUACCUCCCAACUUAAAUGCUCAGGAGGAAGAAGAAAAACCCAGGUGUAGUAUUGCCUGUUUCAGUCAGUACAUCCUCUCAUUUGUUGUCUCACUUUUACAUUCACCUGAUAGGUUAUUUAUUUGUACGUGUUCAAGCUUCGGUAAAUAAAUUUCUUUUGCUUCCCACCGAGGUGUGUUGUCGUCGUUGUAUUUAUAAAAUGUUUCAUUGCAGAGCCCUCACAGGUUAUCCAUAAGAAUAGACGGAGAAUCUGAAUCGUCCAAGCUGAUGAAAAAACUGGGUUCCCGGGCAAGCAUUGAUCC